CUGACGCGCGGUAUUUGUGCAUUUACAGCCAAUUGCCACAGCAGCGAUGCUACAGUCGACCCGCUGCGCAACACCCACAACCCCUCACGCCGUUAGUGCCACGCGCGCUGCGCGCAUCGUUCCUCGUGCAUUCUUCUCAAGACUGGGCAGUGUCCUCUCUGCGCUGCGCCCGAGCCAAGCCGGCAUGGCGCUCGCGACUGAGAAGUGGUGGGAUGCCAACACGGUCGCGGUGGUGACGGGCUCUAACAAGGGCAUUGGCUUUGAGGCCGCGCGCAUGUUGGCAGAGCAAGGCUUGACUGUGGUGCUUACGUCCCGCGACAUUGAGCAAGGCAAGGCGGCCGUGGCCAAGAUCAAGGAGGCAGCCCCUGGUGCCCGUGUGCUGCUGCGCCAGCUGGACCUCGCCAACGCCGCCUCCGUGGACUCGUUCGCGACCUGGCUGGAGCAGGAGACGGGCGGCCUGACCAUCCUCAUCAACAACGCCGGCUUUGCGUACAAGGGAAACAUCUUCGGAGCUGAUGAGGCCCAGACCACAAUUAAUAUCAACUUUGCGGGCACGCGGCACCUGACUGAGAAGCUGGUGCCGCUGCUGCAAGGCCCCUGUCCCCGCAUCAUCAACGUAUCUUCCCGGGCGGGUCUGCGCUCCAUUGUCAAAGACAAGGAGCUGCUCGGCCGCCUCACCGCCGCCACGUCACCCGACCAGCUGGCCGCAAUGGCGGAUGAGUUCGUUGCGGGCAUCCGGGACGGCACGUACGGCAAGCAGGGCUGGCCCGGAUCCAUGUACGGCACCUCCAAGCUGCUCGUGUCGCUGUGGACGGCGCAGCUGGCGGCGCAGCUGCAGGGGCGCCACGUCAUGGUCAAUGCCAUGUGCCCGGGGUGGUGCCGCACCGACAUGAGCAGCCAGAGGGGCACCAAGUCGGCGGCGGAGGGCGCGGACACGGCGGUGUGGCUGGCGCUGCGCAGCCCGAAAGACUUCGUCACGGGCGGCUUCUGGGGCGAGCGCAGCAGCAUCAGCUGGUGAUGCCGGGAUGCAGAGGUGGGGAUGAUGCAGGGGGUGCUGGAGUCAGGUGGUUGUGGCUGCUUCUGUGUGUGAUGGGGCCGGAGGCGGAGGCGGGGCUGGCGGCGGAGCCAGUGGUACUGCGGACGCGUAUUUUGUUGUGCGUUGACGUCGGCACAUUGAGGUUGCUCGGACAAGCGAGGUGCGUGGCUAUGCAUGCGUGAGUUUUUGUGGGUCCAGGGUUGCGUGGACGCGCGUGGAUGGGCUUUGGGUGCCUACCGAGCCCGACUGGGGGACGGGGCCGGCAAGGGCAGGCGACCUGCACGUGGGGCACACAUGCUUGCUGCGGUUACGACCCUGGCACAAUGGUGGUUACUGUAUGGCAAGUUGGCAAUGCGGCAGGCGUGAACCAGCGCAUAUGUAAGUAUGUAACUGGAGAGUGCAGUGUCGGGCGAUUGAGGUCUAGGCCGCUGCGGACAUGGGACGGACCUGGGUUGGGAGAGGCAGUGAGCCGAGAGCGGGCCCAAUCAUAAGGCAUGGAAGCGAUGGUAGCAAACGCCGCCGCCCUGCAGCGCUGCCGCCAUGCCGCCCAGCCGACAGAUAUUGCAAACGAGCUUCAAGCAAUGGACUUUCAAGUAUUCGGGGCUUCGGGCUAGGUCAGACGCCCCUGUAGGCGGCGCUGAGUGGCUUGUGGCUUCCUCGACCCAGACUUCCCCGAUGCCAUGUAACCCCACACCCGU